CUGAAGCUUAAUUUGAGUUGUUUUGGUCAUAAAUCUGUAUUUAACAUUAAAACAAGACGUUUUAGUACAGGCCAACCAAAUAGAAGUGGUGUCAGAUCUGUCCAAAUAACAAAGAUCGACAGUCGGUGUGGAAAACGCAAUGUGUACCUCUGUGUAAUGAUCACAGCCAGACACAGGUAGUUUUUCACAACUGCAUACAGUGAGGAGACGAGAAGGCAGCAACUGUCUGGACAGUUAAUGCCAUCGAUUGAAAGCGGAAUGAAAAAGCUCCCUCACUUCCACCGUCGGAACAUUAACAGUGUGACAACUAGCGGAAGUAAACAACAAAACCUAGAUGGCAUUCGUGAACGCACUGAAAUUAUAGAGAAGACUGUUGUGGGUUUUUGGGGAGAUAAUUAUCUCGUUUUUAAAUAAGCAGCAAUGUCUUCAGUUGACUCGUUUAAGGAGUUUGUUAACGAGCGACUAACUACUGCUGCUGAAGAAAUAUUCGGAGUUUUUAUAAAAACUAUCGUCGAGUACGAAGAAGAGAUCGACCGUCAGCGCAGACUGUUGGAUAUCGUUUGGAAACCUGAACUACAGUUACACAGGAUAGAGCUCCCACAGCAACAUGUCUGUGAGGAGGAGGAGGAGGAGGAGGAGGAGGAGGUUCCUGUUGACCAGCAGCUCUGUAUUCAGGAGAAGAACUCCAGUCUGGACCAAGAGGACCCAGAGCCUCCACAGGUUAAAGAGGAACUGGAGGAACUCAGCACCAGUCAGGAGGGAGAGCAGCUUGUUGUAAAGCAGGAGACUCCUACUUAUGCGGAAAGUGACUACAGUGAAGAUCAGACCACGUACAUAACUCCUGAUGACGCAUUGAUUGCGGCGGAGACAGAGUCUGUAUUCCGUACCUUUAUGUUCACUCCUACAUAUGAGUUAAGUGACCACUGUGAAGAUGGGACUCUGUUUUUUAAUCCUGAUAAAAGUCAGAGUGCAGCAGAGACAGAGCUUCCAGAUAGCAUGUGUAUCAGUGGGCUGAAAGAAGAAUCAAACUGUGAAACUAUCAGAACCAAAGUAUCAGAACCAAACACUGACCACCAGCUACUCUCUCGUCUUUCACAUGAAGCUGAGAACCAAGAUCAGAAAAGAACCAACCAUGACAAUUCAGGUUCAACUAGAAAUGCAGAACAAGAACUGUCCAAAAGACUUCAUGACAGCAAAAGUCAUGAUAACAAUGUGUUCAACCAGACCAUGUCAAAGAGUUCAUGCAGGACUCUGGAAGGUAAAAAGUCUUUCCAGUGUGAGAUUUGUGAGAAGGCUUAUAUGCGCAAGUAUCAUCUGCAGAAACACCUGAUGAAACACACAGGGAAUAAGCCACAUCUGUCUUUUGGGACUUUCAAGUGUGGCAUAUGUGGUAAGGUUUUUAACUCUCUGUCGGUCUUGAACUCGCACCUGAGAACUCACUCAGGUGAGAAGCCAUAUUUUUGCAACACUUGUGGGAAAAGCUACAGUCAUAAAUCAACAUUGAUCGUUCACAUACGGGUUCAUACAGGUGAAAAGCCAUAUUCUUGCAACACUUGCGGGAAAAGAUUCAGUCAUGCAGGAAAGUUGAAUAUUCAUAUAAGAGGUCACACAGGUGAGAAGCCGUUUUUGUGCACAACAUGUGGGAAAAGUUUCAGACGUAAAGAUGAAUUAAAUUCCCACCUGAGAAGAAUCCACACUGAGAAACCGUACCAGUGUGAGAUAUGCGGGAAAAGAUACGUUGAUACACCAGCAUUGAAAAGCCAUAUGAGAAACCACAAAGGUGAGAAAGCAUUUUCUCAAAAAACGUGGAAAAGAUUUCAGGAGCAGUCACGUUGAUCCAUGUUACAAGAUCACACACAGAUCAGAAGCCUGAAAGACCUGCAGGAAAAGACAGGCAAGUAGCUGUGUAAUUUCAAAAUAUUUAGUUUAGAUUAUUUAGUUCAGCAAAGGAGGAGUCACAUAAUUGCAGCACUGAUGAACUUUUACUCGAAUCGUGUAUUUGAAAAAACACUUAUAAAAUAAGUUUAUUUGUGUAGCACCUUUCAAAACAAAGUUACAAGGUUCUUGACAAUAAAACUAAAUGCAAUUAAAAACAUAAAUAAAACUAUUUAUAAAGCAAUGUUAAAUAAGAAAAAAGGUCAUUAAAAGGCAAUACAAUAAAAGAGAGUGUAAUCUUUUAAAACUCUUCUUAAAACUGAGUUUGCCAGCCUGAGAUCAAUAUGCACAGGAGAAACCAUCGAGCUGAGACUCCUGUGGAGAAAUGUUUACUGACAACUGUCCUUGAAUGUAAAAUGUUUUGAUCUUCAUGUAAAGUUGUCCUUCAUAUGACUGCAUUUCUUAUAUUCCUGUUUGAAAAUGUUCCAAUUUAAUGACAAAUAUUUUAGUGAGUGCACAGUGCCUAAUGCUGUGAUCUUGGUGGUUGUUGGUUUUGCCAAAUGUGUAAAUAUGAAAAAUCUCUGAAUUCCUUUCUUUUAAAAUAUUAAUAAAUGAAUUUACUUUAAGUAGUAUGUGACUGUUAUAUAUGAGGCCUUCUAGACAUUUUUGCAGUAAGUCAAAUUCUAUGUUUUACAGCGACUGGCAUCAGUGUUUCAUACAACCAUAUGUGAAGUCCUAUAAAAGGUGAAUAU